AUGAACAGUUUCCAGUCAUUACGAGCGCACUACAAGACCGCCCUGCAGCGCUUCGUUGCCUCGCCGAAGGCGUUCGAGGUCAUCCAGACGGUCCCCGCCCAGCAGCAGCAGCAGCAGCAGCAGACGUCGCCGCCAGAACUCCUCUACGUGCUCGACUCCUCCUUCAAUCCUCCCACCACCGCUCAUCUCCGCAUUGCAGUCUCCGCGCUGCUGGAUAAGCCUACUGUUUCGUCACGAUUACUACUGCUCCUCGCCACACAGAAUGCAGACAAGCCGUCAAAACCGGCGCUGUUCGAGGACCGGCUGGCGAUGAUGGAACUGUUUGCGGGUGAUCUAUUGGAAUACGUGCGAGCAAAUCUGUUGGAGACUGCUACACAAGGAGAGCAGCCACAGCUACUCCCCCAGAUUGAUAUCGGGGUCACCAAGAGGCCGUAUUUCGUGGACAAGGCGGUCGAGAUUGAAGAGGCGGCCAUCUACCCGCCCACACUGGAACAGGUUCAUCUGACGGGCUACGAUACCUUGAUCCGCAUCUUCGACACGAAAUACUACCCGCCCUCCCACACGCUGCAGCCGUUGGCGCCCUUCUUGUCCCGGCACAGACUCCGCGUCACUCUCCGGCCGGACAGCGACUGGGGCGGCCGCGAAGAACAGAAGGCCUUCCUGCUCAAUCUGGCGCAGGGGGGGCGGGAAAGUGAGGGCGGGCAGCGCGAAUGGGCGUCUCGUCUCGAUUUCGUAGAAGGAAAACAGCCCGGCGACAGGGCCGUGAGCUCCACCAUCGCCCGCCAGGCGGUUCGAGACCGCCCGGAUGAUCUCGAAUGGCUGGUUCCGAGGGGUGUCAGAGAGUAUCUCACUGACCAGAACAAUAUCUACUCGUCUUGA